AAUUAAUUCAUCAUGAAUAGAAUAAUAAAUUUUAAUAUAAAAAAUAUAAAAUUAAAUAUAGUUAAUAAUAUAUCAAAACCAACAAAUAAACAGAUUUGGCUUGUUGGUCCAGAAGGUCGUGGAAAAACAACCUUAAUACAUGGAAUCUUGGAUCACUUAAAAAAUAAUAAAGCCGAAUCGUACAUCACCACAUAUUUCGAUUUUAAAAAUGUAAAAGAUUUUAAUUUCCAGACUGCCCUUGUAAAGUAUGUUGAUUCCAUAAUAAAUUCCGCCUCCAAACUAACACAAACUAAUUCAAAACAACUUGAACGAGUGUUCCUGGAUUUGAAUGUCAGAUUUCCGAAAUUUAAUCAACACAUUUCUUCAUUUUUUAAUCAUUUAAAAAAUUCAAAUGUACUUAAAUCUAACCACAAGUGGAUACAAUCAGUUUCAUCCCUAAAAGAUGGAAUUAGUUUUGGAGAUUGGUGGAAUUUGUGUAUGAUGACCUAUGAGUUAAAUCCUAAAUCAUUUGGAGUUUCGAAACAAGUGAAUUUCAAUUCUGCUCAACUUUUCCUCCUUUUUGUUAACUCUAUCGCAUGCCUAAUUGAUAUGGAAAAUUGCCAGCACAUUACCCCUCUAAGCAGUUCAGUUACAGGCCAAUGGGUAAUUUCAUAUGUACUGGAAAGCAUAAAACUAAUGAUGAGAGAAGAGAAGAUGAAUUGGAUAAUUUGUAAUGACGGAAUUGACCACUUGGUCCGCUCGCCAUUCCUCAGUGAUAGAGGGCCAGUUUUUCUCUCACACCUGCUACUAAAUUUGCAAAUAUCAUCACUCCCAUCAGUAUUCAUUUCCAACGACUCUACAGUCCCGCUCCUUUUAACCAACAAACACUACGAAAAGUUGUUCAAUAAUAACGUCAAUAAUUCAAUGACUAUAAACAGAAGCUAUGAUCCAAAUAAUUUUAUUUUCCAUCAAGUAGAUGAAAUUUCACAGGAAGAAACAAUGAACUAUUUGAACAGUAAGUUGGCAUUUGGCGAAAAGUUCAUGAAGUGUAUUUGGAAAAUUACUGGCGGGAAUUUGAGCCUAAUUAACAAAGUUUUCGAGGAUUAUGAAGAAUUUGUCAAGAAAGUUAGCCUAGGAACUGUACAGCAAAUACUCUCAGGAUCUACAAGUGUGGUGGACGACGAGUAUUUCCCUAUAAAUAAAUCAAAAGAGGAACAAAUUAAUUAUUUAAGGGAAGAGCAGUUUAAGAUGUUUCUAAAAACACUACAACACGACACUUUUAACCCAGACAUAAUAAAGUUCGAGAAUAUGAUGAGCUCCUUUUUGAGUAGCGUGGCCAUUGAGGAAAUGAAGCUAAACAUGAAGAAUUUAGUCCAUUUCAAAGUUUUGGUGUUUGAAACUAUAAGAUAUUUGUUAAAUAAAAAAUGGCUAAGAGUCAAAGAUGGCGUAACAAUCAAUAAUAAAAUUAUAUUGGGGCUAAUUGAGGCAAACAUAUUAUAUUAUGAAAUACCGUCAAUGAUGCUAGAGUUUAAAAAUUCACUGGUCAAAUACUUGCUAAACUCUUACAUACAAAUACAAUAUGAAAUGCUCAAGGCAAUUGAGAAAAUUGAAUAUAAGGCGAACUUUCUGUUAAAUCAAAAAACACUUUAUAGAGACCUUGAUAACCUCUUUAUUUAAUCUUUCUUGCUUUUUCUAUUCUUUUCAGACCAGUCUGGUGCCAUCUCAAUCUCACUCCUAAUGCCAUAUUUAGUGAUAGCAUAUUUUAUGUAAUGGUGCAAGUGAAUACCUCGGGAAAAGGAACUCAUACAGAGCCCAAACCAUGUAUGAAAUGACGAAAAGAACUGAAAGAAAGAACUCUAAAAAACUUUAUAAUCUUCCUAUUACUACCUCCAACUUUCUUUUUCUUCAACAGUUUAAACAACUUCUCACGAAAUGUCAUCCUUGGCCUGUUCAAAGCUUCAUAAUAUAUCUUCAACUAUAAAAUAUUAUACAUGGUAAGCUUAAUACAGUUCUCUUGGCUACGGAUUCCC